UAACGUCCUCAUCCUCCCUCCCUCCUCCCCUCCUUCCCUUCUCAUGCAUUAGCUUCUUGUGUCAAUCGAUCAUAUUCCUCUCUUACUGGGAACCAAUCUAGGAAACCCGUCAGCACCGCCGCUACCGCCUCCUCUUCCACGGUGCCUGCCACCUUCGAACCAUGGUGGUCCUAUCUCAGGCAGUACUCGACCACUUCACCCCGAUCAAAACCUACAAGUCCACCACUAAUGUGUUCACUGGGGUCCCAACCAUCAACCUGUCCAACCCCGAUGCAGGUGCCCACCUCGUGAGAGCCUGCGGGGAAUUUGGGUUCUUCAAGGUGGUCAAUCACGCGGUCCCCCUCGAACUGAUAAACAGGUUGCUGGCCCAGUCACUAAAGUUUUUCCACCAGCCACAAUCCGAGAAGAACCAAGCCGGACCUCCUGACCCGUUCGGGUAUGGGAGCAAGAGGAUCGGACCGAAUGGGGAUGUCGGGUGGGUUGAGUACUUAAUUCUCUCCGCCAGUCCCGACACCAAUGCUAUCUCUCAGAGGUUGCUCUCCUUCUUACAAGAAAACCAGCCGUUGUUCCGAGCCGCGGUGGAUGAUUACGUGAGAGAAGUGAAGACGCUGGCCGUCGAAGUCGUUGAACUGAUAGAGAAAGGCUUGGGCUUAACAAUGACAGAUCAGGAAGGUCGUAACAACGAGGGUCCGACGAGCAGGCUGCUGAGGAACGAGAAGAGCGACUCGUGCUUCAGAGUGAACCACUACCCUCCAUGCCCGGACCACUGGGAGGUGGCAGCGAGUGGACGGAAUUUGAUAGGGUUCGGAGAGCACACUGACCCUCAAAUCAUCUCCGUGCUCCAAUCCAACAAUACCUCCGGCCUUGAGAUCUGCCUCAAGAAUGGGUCAUGGGUCACGAUCCCCCCUGAUCAAUCGUCCUUCUUCAUCAUUGUCGGCGACUCGCUCCAGGUGUUGACAAAUGGGAGAUUCAAAAGCGUGAAGCACAGGGUGUUAGCCGAUCACACGAAAUCGAGGGUCUCGAUGAUCUUCUUCGGGGGGCCACCUCUUGACGAGAGCAUCACACCAAUACCGUCCUUGAUGGAGGAAGGAGAAGAGAGCCAUUACAAAGAAUUCACAUGGUUUGAAUAUAAGAAGUCUGCAUACAAGUCAAGGUUGGCUGAUUAUAGGCUUGGGUUGUUUGAGAAAACACCAGCCCAAUGAUUUUGUGGUCAAAAAGAAGGGGGGAAAGAAAAAUCUAUAAAUCCUAGAGAGUUUUGUCAAAAAGUUGAAGCUAGAUCUUCGAUUGCGUCAUCGUAGGUGGAAAACAAAUAAUAAAAAAAAAGAUGGAAAACAUAUAGGUUUGCUGCAUUGUUUCUGUUUUUUUUAAUCGAUUAGACCCCCGAGUAUCUUGAACUUACUGGUUGUGCCUAAUAUUUAUUUGGAAGUAGACUUAGCUAUAGCCACAAAGUGCUUCUAGUAGGUGUCCGAGCCUUACACUGUUGUUAAAAUUCUAUCUACCUUAACAGUGUAAUUCGCCAAUUGUAGUGCUAGGCGCUUUUAUUUUCUUUUUUUUUUUUAUCCUUUUGUGAUUCGGGCUUCUCUUUUCUUUUGUCGUGAUUAAUCUAUUCUCCCGCCUCGUGUAUAUAGCCUACCUUUUUUGCCGUCCGAGUUUCACCAUUGGGUCAUCACUUUCCUGAUAGACUAGAAGAAAUCAUGAUGCUCGUGUUAUUUUUUUCGGUUAUAAAAAAGGUCUUUAAAUCUAAUACAACAAAAUAAAAUUUUAAUUUUAAUAGUUAAUUAAUAAAGGGGUAUGGGCACAGUCCUAUGAUGUGUAUACCGAAAUGUAAAAUCUUUUAAUUACCAGGUAAAA